CAGAGCUUGAGAGCUUGGCAGCCAAUCCAGUCCUCCUAGCAACGGUGUCAGGUUUACCUUAGCAACACUCCUGCAGCUGGCGAAAGCCAUUGCUGCAGAGACGGCAAAAGCAAAGAGAUUCCUCCACAAGCCAAUUCAACACCAUGUCAGAGCCACCUGGCGAACAGCCUGGAGAGGGAGAGAAACCUGAGCCACAGCGCCCAGAGAUCCCCCAGCAAUCCAGCCUUUCCUCCACCAGAUCCAUACAAAGCCUUCCAGGACAGCCUGGCCAUGGACUUCGUAGGCAGACCAGCAGCAUGGAACGAGGCCUGCAGCCGCCUCCCGACCAGAGUGAACAGACAGAACACAUUCCCUACUAUGAUCAACAGCCAGGUCCACCUGAACAACUGACUGGCAACAUGUACCAGCCCCAGGAACCAAGUGCUUACGAGCAGGAAGAACAAAGAGGGGCUAUUUAUCAACCUCAACAAGCAAGAGGUAGCCUUUUCCAAGGCAGGGGCAGUAUACCUCAAUCCCAGGACCACGAUUCUGCGGGCGGCACAUCACAGCCGCAGGGCCAAAGUCAGUUCCCACAGGUGCCUUUAGUCAGAAGCAGUCCGAAGCAGUAUGACCCAGGACAUGGUCCUUACCAACCUCAUGAGCCUGGAUUUGGCCUCUAUCAACUUGGAGCUGGCAUUUAUGAAGAUCAGGUACCAGAUCCGACAGCCAGAGAAUUGGCAAUUAAGAAUGCGAAGGCUUAUCUCCUGAAAACAAGCAUCAAAUCUGGUGUGAGCUUGUAUGACCACUUCGCUGAAAUGUUGGCCAAAAUCCUGGAGGAGCGACCUGAAAACCCAGCAGACAUCAUUGAGAAUAUCAGCAAAGAUAUAAAGUGUGCUCGUUUCCAGAAAAAACUGGACACCCUCCGAGAUGACCAUGAGAAAUUGCCAACAUACGAGCUGGCUGAAAUGUAUAAAGCCCUUUUCCAGAAGGCUGGUGGAGAUGGAGCAGAACAAGAAGUUGAAGAAGAAACACUAGAAACACCUCUGCCUAAUGUGAUGGAGACAGCCUACUAUUUUGAACAAGCUGGAGUUGGUUUGAGCUUGGAAGAAUACUACCACAUAUUCCUUGCCCUCAAACUGCUGGUCGUCACACACUCAGUUCAGACAUGUCGUUUCUGGGGCAAAAUCCUAGGAAUAGAAGCAAACUAUAUUGUCGCUGAAGUCGAGUUCCGUGAGGGAGAGGAGGAAGAAGAGGCAGAGGAGGAAGAAGUAGUUGAAGAAGGUUUGAAAGAAGGAAGUGAGAGAGAGGAAGAUGAGGAAGAUGAGGAAGAAAAAGAUGAGCCUCCCAAACCCAACUAUAAGCCUCCACCAACAAUACCAAAAGAAGAGAGUCGGACCGGGACCAAUAAAUUCUUUUACUUUGUCUGCAAUGAACCAGGCAAACCCUGGGUGAAAUUACCUCACGUGACACCUGUGCAGAUUGUGAAUGCCAGAAAAAUCAAAAAGUUCCUCACUGGAAGACUGGAUGCUCCCAUUGUGAGUUACCCGCCCUUCCCAGGCAACGAGGCCAAUUACCUGCGUGCCCAGAUUGCCCGCAUUUCAGCUGCCACCCAGAUCAGCCCCUUGGGGUUUUAUCAGUUUGGAGAAGAAGAAGGAGAUGAGGAGGAGGAGGGAGGAGCCGGAAGAGACUCGUAUGAAGAAAAUCCAGACUUUGAACCCAUUACUGUGGGAGAGUUGGUGGAAUCUCUCUCCAACUGGGUGCAUCAUGUACAGAAUAUUCUAAUGCAGGGACGCUGUACAUGGGUCAAUCCCCUUCAGAAGGCAGAGGAAGAGGAGGAGGAGGAUGAAGAAGAGGAGAAAGAAGAUGUAGAGGAGACCCAACAAGAAAUAGGACCUCCACUUCUCACUCCACUCUCUGAAGAUGCAGAAAUUCAGAAUACUCCUCCGUGGUCAACUGAGGCCUCUACAAACUUGAUUCCUCAAUAUGCCAUUGCAGUUCUGCAGUCUAACCUGUGGCCUGGAGCAUAUUCCUUUGGUACUGGCAGGAGAUUUGACAACAUCUAUGUUGGUUGGGGUCUUAAAUACAGUCCAGACAAUUAUACCCCUCCAGAGCUACCAUCGGUGCAGUUUGAGUAUCCCAGUGGACCAGAAAUCACAGAAGGAACCGAUCCAACUGUGGAAGAAGAGCAGGCACUAAAAGCUGCACAGGAGGAGGCUUUGGCUGCAGAAGAGAUAGAAGAGGAAGAGGAAGAAGAUGAAGAUGAGGAUGAUUAAACUCCAAAGAGUUGAAUGCAUUGUAGUAUUCCCCAACCCCAAAGAAUUCACUGACUUUUUUAUUAGUGGACUAGAAUAAGAAGAGUGUAAUAAAUACUUACCUAUUCAGUCAA